GUUUACUUUGUGUGAUUCAUCAUCCCCUUUCAACGGCGACGGUAUCUGAGCCCCCUGAAUAGGAUCCAGAACGUCAGAACCAGAUUGCGAUUCCCCACAAUUGUAGUCGCUACAACCUACUCAUCGUCGUCAAUGAUAGGUCUAGUAAAAAUGUCACACGACGAGCUGGAACGUUUUGAGAAGCUUUGCACCGACGUCGAAUGGGCGACUCCCUACGCAAAUGCACCGGACGAGUUGAAAGUUAGACGGGGAAGAAUCCUGGAUGACGAUCUGUUUGAUAUCCUGCCCCUCCUCGCUACCGUAGCCGAUCACACCCAGAUACCUACCUCCCAAGCGCCUUCUUUCACUUCGAGCCCGACCCUCGAAGGUCAAUCUACCUCGGCAAAAGCGAGCUCCUUGACACACGAAAAGCUCGUAAAAGUAGCAGAACUCUUGGGGAACCAUGCUAGUCCAAGAGAAAUGGUGCUCGCCGUUGGAGAAGGGCUGGAGAGAGCUAUUGCCGAUGUAGAGGAUUGUUACCUUUUCGACGAGGACGAGGAUGAAGAUACAAGUGACGAUGAAGAAGAGGAAGAGGGCCCGAGCGUGAAGGGCGAUCUGGCUCUCGCCAACUUGAACCUGGAGGAUGAUGACGAGGAAGAAGCAGGGGAUGUUGGAGACGAUGGUGCUGUCAGUGGGAACAAGGCCAGUCUAGCUGGGAAGAGCAGGACGACAUUGGACGGGUUGAUCCGAAGGGUGUUACUCUGCCUGGAAGUGCUUGGUCGAGCACUCGUCAACCCCUCCGUCCGUAAACCGCCCUCCGAGCCCGUCCGUUCAAUCCUCCUCACUCUCGGCGAAUUCGUACAACAAGUCUACACGGCCGUCAAUGCCGAUGCAUCAUACUCCAUCUCGGGCUUGAGCGGAUUGAUCAUCGGGACAGCUAGGUUUUGUACAAUCGUGUGGGAAUCCGGGGCGGUCAAGCCCAAACUUCGGAAUAAGGACGAUUUAGCCCUGGAAGCAGGAGGAGAAGAGACAAAGGAGGAGUUAGAGGCAGUAGUGAUUCGACCGAUGGGACAGGCGGUGGUCCUUUUGCACUCGAAACUCGAAUGGGAGGCGUUGGAUAGAUGGUUCACGCUGUAUAGCGGCGAACUGAGCGGGAGGGGCGGGUCGUACGCAGCGAGCGAUUAUGACAGGUUCAAAGAGGAGGACGAUGCGCGACCCGGAGUCGAAGCGGAGGUAGGCAAUGCGAUCAAGACCGCACUGGCUGCUUUUGGCUACGGAACCACACUACAACUCGUUCAGCUAGUGACACACCGACUAACGGGAUUCUUACCUCAUACCGCACUCAUCCUCCUAACCUCGCCCUCUCAAGUCCAGCUUACAGCAAGGUACCUGAAUGCGGACACAUCGAGACACCCGAAUUGUACCGACCAGGAAGAAGAGGAGAUACGUAUCAAAGCUCUGAAAGAACAAAAACGUAUGAUGCUGGAUCAAUCGACCGCAGCGUUGGGGUCUGCGACGCAAGGCUUGGCAGUCGAUGCUGGGUGUACCUGGAUUUGGCUUAUGGUAGACACGAUAAGGAUGGACCGACAGUGGUAUGGAAACGUGAGGGAUAUAUGGUUGGAGGAGGAGACGGCGGAGAUGGUUAUCGAGUGGAUCAUGCCAAUCGUUACACAAAACCCUGGAUCACCUAGACAAUUCGCUCUGAAACGGCUGCUUAGUCGGGUUCCCCGACUAGUCGGGUCUCCUGAGGGAUGGGCCAGACUGUGCGAUCAGGUCAUAUCGGAGAUGAACCCUUUUGUGGAAGCGAGAACCAUAGGAUUGAAGAUUGUUUCAGAGGAUCUGAGCAAGAUAAUUAGGAUGGAUCAAAAGGAAUAUCGUAAAAGUUUCUGGACAACGCUUGCACCUACAAUCUUUGGGCUUCCGACCACCGAGUCCGAUAUCCGGACGGCGACCGUGCUAGAGAUAGCCGACUCGAUCUACCCUGAGUGGAUCGUAGGGAGUACAAACAUGUUAUACCAUUUCAGUCGCAAAGAUGCCGAGGAUAUCGCCCGUGAUAACGAAAGGGCGCGCAAGCAUAUGGACGAGGGGGCUCGGACGAGACUAAACGAAACGGCCCGCAUCAAUAGAGAAGAGGACAGGCAAGGUGUGGAUGUAGAGGGUUGGUUGAAGGACUUGAAGGAUUUGAUAUCGAAGUGGGAGCGGGAGGUCGAAGAUCUCGCCGCAUCUGGAGUUCUAGUCGAGGAAAAGCAGGUCGAUAAAGUCACGUCCAAUAGUGUCAGCAAUGACGACAAGCCCACUGGUCUACGGGAAAUGGUAGUCUGGCUGAGAGAGGCCGUCUUCUGGGCAGAAAAGCUGUUGGGCGGAACUCGAUGAGACAUGCAUUUCGACAGCAGGCGUAUGGUGUGCCAAGUUUCAAGCCGCAGGAGUCUGUCAUAUCCAAAUUGAAUGCGUCACGAGCAUUGCAUGUCACCGUGCAAAGUCAGCCUGUUUACCCCAUCCUAAACAGUAGCAGAAUAGGUUCAUCCAUACCUGUUUAUGCCUUGUUUGAGCUAGGUCCUGGAUUAGAUUAGGAGCUUAUAGGAUGAAACGUCAGAAUCCAUGUCGUUGGAAAUAACGCAUAUUCGCUAUUUAGCGAUCAUCACUUUGUCAACAUCAUCAUCGCCUACCC